AUGGCUACUGUAACGGAGGGCUGUAGUGGAAAUGGUGGCGGGUCUACGGUGCAGUCCUGGUUGUUGUUCUCUGUCUUAAUGUUGGCCACGUCCCCGCUGCCAGUAGCCUGGGCGCUGGUGGAGGGUCUCUACUGCGGAACGGAGGUCUGCUAUGACGUUUUGGGAGUUACACGAGAGGCCUCCAAGGCAGAGAUUGCUCGGGCGUACCGGCAGCUUGCACGCCGCUACCAUCCGGACCGCUUCAGGCCUGGCGAUCAGGGUUCGGAGGGAGAGACUCUGGAGUCUUUCCAGCAAAAGUUUUUGCUCGUUGCCACCGCCUACGAGACGUUGAAGGAUGAGGACAGCCGUAGGGAUUAUGACUACAUGUUAGACCACCCUGAGGAGUACUACCAGCACUACUACACCUACUACCGUAGACGGCUUACCCCCAAAGUGGACGUCAGGAUAGUAAUCCUCGUCACCAUAUGUGCCAUCUCUAUCUUCCAGUAUUACAGUUGGCACAGCAGCUACAACGAGGCCAUCAACUGCCUGGCGAAUGUCCCUAAAUACCGCAUCCAGGCCACCAUUAUAGCCAAGGAGCAGGGCCUCCUGAACCGCACCAAGGAGAAGGGCAAGAACCGGCGCUCCAAAGAAGAGAUACGGGAACAGGAGGAGGAAGUGAUUCGUGACAUUAUCAAAACAAAGAUCGACAUCAAAGGUGGCUACCAGAAACCCAACCUGUCGGACAUCCUGCUGUGUCAAAUACUGCUGUUCCCCUGUUACUUGAUAAGCUACGUGGCCUGGUAUGUUUCCUGGGUAUACCACUUCACCAUCUGCAGAGAGGAGUACGGCGACCAGGAGAAGCUUUACAUCAUCAGGAGAUACAUGAAGAUAUCUCAGUCUCAAUUUGAUAGUAUGGAUGAACUCACCAGGCAGUCCUUCUUGGAAAAACAGCUCUGGAUUAAAGAAAACUACGAGCUGUACAAAGCAGAGCAGGAAGAAGAGAUGAAGGCGAAAAUGGCAACCGACCCAAAGAUGAAAAGGUACAGACGCUGGAGGAAAAACGAAGGACCCGGACGGUUAACCUUCAUCGACGAUUGA